UUUCUGCCCUGUGAACUUGAAGUACAGCCUCUCCUCAAAGGUUGGAGUCAGAGAGGAGAUUGUGGCCCUUCUUCCUGCUGCCACCUCUGGUGUUGCCACCCCUCAUUAGUGGGGUACAGCUAGGAACAGCGGCUCUGGAGAAGAGGUCACCCGCUCCCAUUCCAGAGCCUCUAUCUGGUCCCAGGAGAACUGAGAGCACUGCAUUCUCCCCAGCCUUUAGGGGAACACUUCUUAGGGUAGAGCAAGCCUCCCUGGAGGCUUAUCACUGUUUUGUUCAUGUGAGGACACAGAGUGGACAAAAACAAGGAGCCAUUGAUAACACCCAGUCCAACCUUCCCUGUCUGGCAAGGACUUUGAGACUGAAGCGGAGAGCAGAUACAGCCACUCUAUUUCUGGAGCAAUCAUGGAACAGGAUAUCCACAGCGAUGGAUCCAGCCAGAUGGAGCGUAUCCUCCUGUACAACUUCCUGCAGAGCUCCUCCAACUGUGAGUUUGGAGACCAACUGCAAGCCCUACAAAGCCAAGGGAUCAUACCUUCCCUAAAACAUGGCAACUGCUAUGAUGAUGAGCUUCAGACAGAUGGGAAUCGGAGCGGCCACUUGCAGAAUGGUGAGCUGGUGUUUGCCCCUGAGGUAAAUGAGGAAAUUCUCCGGAUCAUUGGUACUCAGCUCGCUGAGAUUGGAGACCAGUUGGAUAAAGAAAUCCAAGCAAGAGUAGUAAAUGAUCUUGUACAGCAUUUUCUGAAUGAGAAUCUGUCUAGGGAGGAGAUAACCUGGUACCUGUCACAGGCAGUGGAAGGGCUUGCAAGGGCCAUUCCCUCCGACAUGGAACAGGAGAAGGCCUUGUUGGUGCUAGCAAUGGUCUUAACUAAAAAAAUUGCAAAUAGAGUGCCCUCCCUUCUACAGCGCGUCUUCAGCACCACUGUGAACUACAUCAGCCAGCACCUCCACACCUACAUUGUCAGAAUGCUGCGUGAGUGAGAAAGCUCUGCUCCAGCUGCCUGUGUGGAGACUGUGGCUUCCUGAGAACUUUCUACUCUUCCUGAUAUAUUCAAAUUAUUUUAAUUCUGAGAUACGGCUGUGAAAAAGGAGGCACAUCUAUGUAGAUAGGCUUUCAUAGACUAGCACAGCAAUGAGAGUAGUGUGAGCUGCAUGAAUGUCCUGCCAGUACCUGUAAGGAGUAGUGCUUGCCCUUGAUCAUUUUGUCAAAUAGGGUGGGAUGGGUGGUUGGGGCGGGGGGGGUUGUUUGUUUUUCUUCUUCAUUUGCAGACUUAGUGCAGGUGCAGACCCUGGCUUGUGCCUCCAGAGGAAAUGCCAUGGCCACAGAGCCUGGCCUCUCAGUAUAUUAUCUAAUCAACUGUAGCAUUCUGCUUUAGCUACUGUCUUCCCCCACCCUGUUGCUGGUGCUGCAGAUUUUGCUGCUGCAGCUGGGUUAUGGUGACUGUGACUUGUUCCCAGCAAGGCCUCUGCUGUAGACUGAGUGGUUCAUCAGCAUCACUCACCCAGGAAAAAAAAAAGUCUAGAUCAUCUCAGAGCAAGCUGGCUGCAGAUGGAAACAACCCUGAAAGAGGUAGGGUAAGGUAUCAACUUGGAUGGUUUAGUCUGAAUCCACAGCAGCUAUUCUUGCUUGAGAAAUGAAACUAAAGCAGAAAAUUAGAGAAAAGUACAAGGGUAAAUUGUUUCAGGGAGCACAGUAAUCUGGAUAUGCUUGAGGGGGUGUGUGGGGGGGAAUGUUCUUUAGCUUUAGAACAGCUUGCUGCAAAGAAAAAGGAGCUAUCAUUGACCUUGAAUCAGGAAGAAUACCUGGCAUCUCUGACCAUGACCCUUUUGCAUUCACAUCUCAGGGCACUGGUAUUCUGUUGAGCAAAAGAAAUGUGACUCAGGUGUUUGUGUAUGUGAUCACACACAGGGUAGCUGAAGCUUUAUCCAGCUGCCUCAGAAAUUUAAGAAUGUAAAUAUUUUGCCUUUUUUUAACUUAAAUAAAAAGGUCAUUUCUCAUGGCAA